GCAAAGUUUGGCUGUGGCGGCAAAUGGGCUUGGGCGGCUCCUUGGCGGGUGGUGGCGGUGGCCGUAGCGGUUCCUCUUGGCCCUGUUAAUGUCGGGGCCAGGCCCGGGGAGGAUGGCGCCCUAGAGCCCGGCCUUGCUGGGGUAGGGGCGGGAGGGGACGGGGUGGGGACCGGCCAUGUCGGAGGUGACCCGAAGUCUGCUGCAGCGCUGGGGCGCCAGUUUUAGGAGAGGCGCCGACUUCGACUCUUGGGGCCAGCUGGUGGAGGCGAUAGACGAGUAUCAGAUAUUAGCAAGACACCUACAAAAAGAGGCCCAAGCUCAACACAAUAAUUCUGAAUUCACAGAAGAACAAAAGAAAACCAUAGGCAAAAUUGCAACAUGCUUGGAAUUACGAAGUGCAGCUUUACAGUCCACACAGUCCCAAGAAGAAUUUAAACUGGAGGAUCUGAAGAAGCUAGAACCAAUCCUAAAGAAUAUUCUUACAUAUAAUAAAGAAUUCCCAUUUGAUGUUCAGCCUGUCCCCUUAAGAAGAAUUUUAGCACCUGGUGAAGAAGAGAAUUUGGAAUUUGAAGAAGAUGAAGAAGAGGGUGGUGCUGGAGCAGGGUCUCCUGAUGCCUUUCCUGCUAGAGUUCCCGGUACUUUAUUACCAAGGUUGCCAUCAGAACCAGGAAUGACAUUACUCACUAUCAGAAUUGAGAAAAUUGGCCUGAAAGACGCUGGGCAAUGCAUUGAUCCCUAUAUCACAGUUAGUGUAAAAGAUCUGAAUGGCAUAGAUUUAACUCCUGUGCAGGAUACUCCCGUGGCUUCAAGAAAAGAAGAUACGUAUGUUCAUUUUAAUGUGGACAUUGAGCUCCAGAAGCACGUUGAAAAAUUAACCAAAGGUGCAGCUAUUUUCUUUGAAUUCAAACACUACAAGCCUAAGAAAAGGUUUACCAGCACCAAGUGCUUUGCUUUCAUGGAGAUGGAUGAAAUUAAACCUGGGCCAAUUGUAAUAGAACUAUACAAGAAACCCACUGACUUUAAAAGAAAGAAAUUGCAAUUAUUGACCAAGAAACCACUUUAUCUUCAUCUGCAUCAAACUUUGCACAAGGAAUGAUCCUGACAUGAAUACCCUGGAACUUCUGUGAAUCUCACCACUCAGUAGAAACCAUCCUAGCUCUGUGUAGCACAUUCGCCCUUCAACAGGCAGGAAGCAAGCCGUACCCAGGCCAGCAGGCCAGAGUGAGUCCAUUUUACAAAGCUGGAGCACUGAAUUCAAAGUUCAGCACAUCACUGAUGUAAAAGACUCCUUUGGAUACAGGCUUAUUGUAGAUCUUGAAACAUUUUCGCUUUUCUAUUAAUUGUGCAAUGAAUAGCCUCUUUUCUAAUUUGCCACUGCUCCUGCCCUGCUUCCUGGAACGACACUGUUGUGGGUGGAAUGUGCUCACCUUCACACUUAAUACAGCAAUAAGAGUGUGCUAGAGUUUACA